UACUUAUGUGCCCUUUAAUACUGGUUCAUUUAACUGUUUUGGCCUUAGUUUCCUAACGUUGCUCUACUUCUCUCCUCCGAGCAGUGUUACAGGGCCACCCGGAGGCGUACCCAGCCUAGCUAGGCUUCUGGAGGAGGCACCAGAAAACCCGGUUCUUUGCCCUUUGGGUCCUUGUGUUUGGUACCAUGCUGUGAUUGGCAGAGUCCAUCUCUCAUCCUGCAACUGUUGGACCACAGCUCCCGCACAGGCUUUGAAAGAGAGCAAACCUGGGUUCAGAAGGGAGAACGGCCGGACUGCGCCAGUGCAGGCUGUCCAUGUAACGCCAGCCCUGGCUGCAACAUCUGCAAGAGGUGGUUUUACCCCCUUUUGGUGAGGGGCAGGAGCUGGGUGCGCACCUCCCAGUGCCUGGGCUGGCUCCCGGGGGCGCUCCUGCCCGCAGGUGUCCGGCUCCACGCUCGGGCUCGGCUGGCGCUCGGUGCCACCGGCCACCCCCGAGGCCGGGGCAGGCCCCGGCGGGUGCUCAUGGGCGGAACCGAAAGUGAAAGCGAAAGCGGCGCUGGCCGCAGUGCGCAGGCGCGGCCGGCUCAGAGAACCUCUCCGCUGCCUGUCUGCCUAGAGACUGAUGACGCGUUGGCCCCGCGGGCCGGGGCUCUAUAAAAGACGGGGAGCGAGGGGUGCUGGGCAGCGUGCGGCGCGGUGCGGAGCGGUGGUUAUGGGGCUGCCUGGCGCCGUGCGGGGUCUGAUCGCGGUCUUGCUCGCCGUCCUGGUCACCCUGGGAGAGGCGGAUGAGGCACCAAAGGUGGAGGUGUACUCCCGCGAUCUUGUCACUAUGGGAAAGGAAAACACCCUCAACUGCUUUGUGAGUGGUUUCCACCCUCCAAAGAUUGAAAUCUCCCUCCUCAAGAAUGGGAAGCCCAUGGACAAUGUGAAGUACACGGACUUGUCCUUCAAUGACAAGUGGUACUUCCAGCGCCUGGCAUAUGCGCCCUUCACCCCCCAGCAGGGCGACGUCUACGUUUGCAGGGUGGCUCAUUCUGCCUUCAAGGAGCCGCAGUCUUUCCAGUGGGAUGCAGACUUCUAAGCUGUGUCUAGGAUAUCUGUGGUCUGAAAAGUUCUGCCUUGCAAGUCCAGAUCUUCUUGGAACUUCUGUCCUUUCUCCACAUCUCACUUGUGGAUCUGAUGAAGAGCAGCAAUCAUCUUCAGUGCACAAUUCCUUCUUUAAUAAAGCUUAUAAUUAUAAUGUCAUUUACCCAAAGCACUAUAGGAGGUAGGCUUGCUUUUUGAGCACAGAGCUAUAAAAGUCUGUAUUACUGAUUAAAAACCAGUCUUAAGUUCUUCAGUGCUCUGAGUUGCAUAGGAUUUUUAUCUCAAUAAAAUUGGAUUACUUCAGUGGGGUCUCUUGAAAAAGAAAGAAGUAUUCAAGGUUUAUGUGGGAUCUGCCUGGCCACAGCCUCCUACGUGGCUCUGAAGGGAAGGCAUCAAGUUAAAAAUAAAAGGGAAAAAGUAACUCUGGGGACACCGAGUCUGAUCUUAAAGUUGGGUGAGGAAGAGGAGGGGUGGGCAGGAUGUGGUGCUCACUUCAAGGGGAAGAGCUCCAGCUGAUGCCUCUUGGGAGUGUGUGUUGUAAAGCUGGGCUGAGGGGAAGGUGAUGUAUGUGUCAGUGACUUUCAUUUCUGGUUCUCUUCCAUGAGUGGUUGACCCCAUGGAGAAGUCCUAUUGGGGACAGUCUUCUACCAUACUGUGGGGGUUUGAUGGUACUAGUUCAAAAUGGUGCUACUUUGUAAUGUUCAUCAGCCUGCUUUUGUUCUAUGGAUAAAUGAGUAGGAUUGCUGCAUGAGCGUUGGAUCAAAGAGCAUCUCAUCAGCGUGGAUCCCAUGUAUGUGAACAAGGAUUCCUGGCAACUCAGUGGGUGUGAUCAAUCCCAUGUCUCUUCUUGCGUAUAUUAAGAUUUGCUAUGGCUGGUGUCGCAGAACGUACACUUGUGAUUUUGAGAGAUCUUGGCUUCUUUUGCAGCUUUGUCCAUUAUAACUGCAUUUUCUAUUAAAGAUUGGGAAAAUCCAAA